AUGAUGCGUGCAGGCUACGAUGUGAAAUGCUUGGCAGGAGCUAUGACAUACCUGAAACGUUGCAGAAAGAUCAAUAUUAGUACAAGCAUACAUGCCUGGGUAAUGAGAAGGCUAAGACAGCGGAUUGGUAUCCUGCCGCAGAGGGGACUUACAUUCAAGUCGAAAGCAAGCAUUCGACAAUACCUGGAUAUCGAGCCUAGUAUGAUGCUUGAGAAUGCCAAUCGGAUUAGCCCUUUCAUGCUUAUGGGCCCGUCAUCGUCCAUCAUCCUAUGGAGAUCUUUCCCUACCAGCCUGCGCCAACUCCAGAUCUCACUCGAUCCGGAGUCUCCUCCAGACGAUACGAUUUCAGGAAGAAAAUGGGGCUUUGGUCUUCUUCAGUUUAUACACCUUCUGCCCGAGCUCUCCGAUCUCGAGCUUAGCUUUGAGCAUAGGGAUGAAGGAGGUCGAUUCUCCGAGAUUGCCAAGGACCUGUACAUCCCCAAACUAGAAAGUAUAACGCUUCACUUGAUCGAUACCACCAAGGAAGAUAUCACAAUCUUACUGCUGUGUCAUCACCGAACGCUCAGGACAGUGGUUUUAGAGUCGAUCGAGCUUGGUGGGGACCUGACAGCCUGGCGCUGGCUGAUUGAGGUUGUCUGGAGCAGCCUAGAGCUUGAUGAGUUCUGUAUUCUCUCAAGCGGGGCAGAGAGGAAAGAUGAGGAUUCUUCUUUUGCAAAAUUGGAGGAUAUGACAAUCGUAGAUAAUGAUAGCUAUAAUAAGGUUAUCGGAGGAUUAAUAUAG